GAUUUUAAAAUGGCGGUUCCAACGUCUGCUUUAAAAUCACAUGCAUAAUCUGCCGCCCAUAGUUUAAAAAUAACACCACGGACAUAAUGUUUUUGAAAGGAAUAUAUGUAUUACAUCAAUAAAACAGCCUGAUUUGAAUAAAAAAUGGAUUCGGUGGUCGGGGAGGAUCAAACGCUGCCGUUUGACAUCAAUCUGAGUAUUUCCAGACUUCCUGAGUCUCUGAACAGCAGCAACUUCAACAUGGACAACAUGACAGCUUCUCUGUUUCCAGGACAGAGGAUGUCUCCAGCCAAAGCUCUGACCAUGAAGGAAUACGAGAACCAAAUCACUGUUCUGAAGAAAGAAAACUUUAACCUGAAGCUCAGGAUCUAUUUCCUGGAAGAGCGUGUGCAGCAGAAAUGUGAUGAUUCCACAGAGGACAUUUACAAAACGAACAUUGAACUAAAGGUGGAGGUGGAGUCAAUGAAAAGAGAUCUGGCUGAGAAACAGGAACUGCUUGUGUCUGCAUCAAAAGCUUUGGAGAGUUUAGCCAGUCGAGGUGUUGAUGAUGGCCGAGAGCAGAUGCAGAGAGAAAUGGACUCGCUCAGAGAAGCUUUCAACGUUCGGAUUCAAGAACUGGAGGAGUCUCUGCAAUCUGCUCAAGAAGAACUGGAAAACAUGGCCAUCAUUGCUGAAAAGGAGAAGAUAAAGAAUCUCGGAUUGGAGAAAGAACUACAAGCCGCCAACCAAUCAGGACCUUCAGCUAGCUCAGGCUCCGCCCCUAAGCAGGUCAGAGAGCUCCAACAGGCUCUUCAAGAGAAGCAGAGUGUUAUUCAGCAAAUGCAAGUGUCACUCAAAGAUCAAGAUGCUUUGAUUGGAGAGCUUCGGAGGAAUGGUCCAGACCAACCAAUAACUGAGCAGAUGGCCAAGUUAAACUCUCUGGUUGGCCAAAAGGACAGACAACUACAGACUCUUAGGGAAGAACUAGAUUGUGAAAGAGGAAAUGCAGAACGAGACAAACAGGUGUGUGUAGAAAAGCAGAAUGAAUUGAGCAGAUUGGAGCAGAAGACCAGACAGCUGACUGAAGAGGUCAACACGGCCAAGAGCAGCAACCAGAUGCUCAAAUGCACGCUGGAAGACACAGAAAAAGAGAAGAACGCACUUUCUGAUGAGCUGCAGGAGAGAGAGAUGGAACUGGAGGCAGAGAAGAAGAACUCUCUGAAACGAGAUAAAACCAUCCAGGGCCUCAGUCUGGUUCUGAAGGAGAAGGAGAAAGAGAUUGAGGAUUUGUCUCAUGAUCUUGAGGACAGGGAUCAGGCUCUAGUCAAAGCUCGAGAGGCCCUUCAUAAAGCCAAAUUACAGAAAUAUCAGGCAUGGAACAUUGGAGCUGAAGAUCAGCAGUCUCUUCUCCUGGAGCAGCAGGCUGAAUUGUCGCGGCUCCAGAUGGAGGCUCACUCGUUGCAGCUGGAUGCCCAGCGGUUGCAGCGUGUGCUGGGUAGCAGGGAUUCCGAGCUCUCCCUCCUUCAGCAGGCCAAACUGCAGCUGGAACAGGAGCUGGAACAACUACAACAGCAGAAGAAGAAAGGAGACAAGACUAUUAAUGAUUUGCAGAACCAGUUAAAGAAGCUGAACGGUAGUCUAACUGACAGAGAGAACGCUCUAGAACAGCUGCGUCUAGAACAGCAGGAACAGAACCGCGCUUCUGAGCAAAAACUACAGAACACCAUAGACCGUCUCACAGCGAACCUGAAUCAUAAAGACCAGCAGCUACAGGACUAUAUGAAUAUGGUGAGAGAUCUGGAGAAGAAUAAAACUCAGGAUGGAGGUGACAUCAUGGUGGCUAAACUGAGAGCACGGCUGAAGGAGAAAGAGAAAGCUCUUGAGAAAGCACUGGAUGAUAAGUUUGCUGCCGUGGAGGAGAAAGAAAAUGAGAUCCAUUUGUUACAGCUGAGUGUGAGAGAGAAAGAGAGAGAUGUGGAACACCUCAACAACCUGCUCUCACACAAUGAAGAGACCAUUACUAGUUUUGAUGCUCUAAUAAAGGAGAAAGAUCUUGAGCUGCAGCAGCUGUUGAACACCUUGAAGAAUCUUCAGAGGUGUAAAAAUGAGACUGAAGAGAACCUACAGCGAGCUCUGAGAGAGAAAGACUCUAUUAUACAACACUUACAACAAGCACUGGACAACAAAACAAAAGACAUGGAGGAGAUGUCCAAUAUGGUUCUAAGCCAAUCAGAAUCUCAGGGUCGGGACCUGGCAGAGCAGAUGAGCCAGAGAUUAAAGGUCACAGAGGUCAUGCUUUCUGAGGCAGUGAAAGACAGAGAAAGGCUGGUGACUGAGAACCAGACCACUGUGGAAAACCUGCUGGCCACCAUCAGCAGCAAAGACCAGCUACUGAGGGCGAGUGCAGAGCGUCACACACAGGCUUCGAGCAAUCACGCUUUUGAACUACAGGAUCUGCGCAGGCAGCUGGCAGACAUGCAGAUGCAGCUUGGAAAAACACAGAGACUGAGCACCACGUCGACACAAGAGGGUCACCUAGAGACUGCUGAACUCCGUGCCAUGUUGGCGGAAAAGGACGCUCUCAUUAAUAAACUGUUGGAACGUGGGAGGGAGAAAGAUCACAUCCUGUUGGAAAUGAGAACAGGUGAAGCUCUGGCCCCUCAGGUGUUGGAGCUGAGACAGACCAUUCAGGUGCUGCAGGAUAAACUUGAGGAGAGGGAAGCUGAGCUGAGCAGGAGAAACAGUGAGGAAACUAUGGAUAAAACUCCAGUCAAUACGAAAUCUUCUGUAGUUUUGAAGAAAGAGCUCGCAGAGAAAACAGAAGCUCUGAAUGCAGCACUGAAGAGAGAGAACCAGCUCAAGAUAUCUCUAGCAGAGCUUCAGUCUAAGGUAUUAGGACUGGAGACACAAUUAGAGGGACAGACAGCCAAUAUUGAGUCCCUUACGUCUACACUCAACACUAAAGAGGAAAUUAUCACUGAGCUGCACCUGCGUUUGUCUCAGCGAGGAAACAGCCGACCUCCUCUGACCCGUGAUCAAGCUUCCCAACCUGGUGAGACUGAAUCCAGUCUCUCUUCUCUCCCUCAGAGAGAGAGAACCAUCAUUGGAGGAGAUAGCCAACAGCAGAAUGUGGCAUCUCUGUCUGAUCUUGUGACUGAGCAGGCAGAGUUAAACCGCGCUCUGAGAGCCGAGCAGCAUCUCUACUCCAACCUCAUCAGAGCCGUCAAAGAGCGUGACAGUGUUGGGAGGCUGCAGGCUUUACAGUUGGAGCUCACAGCAGUGUCACUCCUCAGACAGCAGCUAGAGAGUGGCGUUCAGAUGAACACAGAGCUCAGAGAUCAGCUACAGAGGGAGAUCCAGAGGGCCAAUCAGAAAGAAGGUUCAAACCCUUCAGAGUUAGAGAGCAUGCGUGAUGCACUGGAGGAAGCCCAGCGCUGGAACGCCUCUCUGCAAGCCCGACUGGGGCAGAUUCAAAACAGAGGAGGAGGGGUCGGGCAGGCCAACGAUUCCGGUACAUACGUGCAUCAAUCAUUUAGCCAAUACUCGUUUAAAUUAAUGGACACACUGAGUUUGAUUGGCGAGCAGACGUCCUACAUGAGUAUAUGUGUGGGGGAGGGGCCAGAGGAGGAGCUGCAGCACUUGACUAUAGAGCAACUCAGACUAAAGGUCUCGGAGCUACAGGCAGUAAAUGCUGAACUACAGAAGAGACUGAUGGAGAAAGGCAUUGUGGGUAAUGAUCCAAGAGACUCUCUGAAAGAGCCAGACCUUAUCAAACUUUCAACUCCUACCAAGAUAUUAAAGCAAAUGCAGGAGGAGCAGCUGCCUGCCGCUAAAGCUGUCAUGACACUAAUGCCUCAAAAUACAAAGGAGAGAUGUGAUAAGGGAGAUCAUUCUCAAGAGGCUUGGGAUGAAAGUCAACAGCCACAGACUCAGAGAGAGCAAAGUGCCCCAUCACCCACGUCCAGACUCCUUAAGGAUGAAUCCAUAAAAGCAGAACUCCAAUCGCUCCUUCUAGACUGUGGGGCAGAAUCAGUCUCUCAGCUCAGGGUGCAAGUGGCCAAACUUCGCUCAGAAACAUCUGAACUCCGUGGACUCUUGAAGGAAGAAAACUCCACUGAGUCUAAAGAGAGUGCAGAGAGUUCUGGAGAAAGUGAUAGGGACGGCGACUUACGGAAUACUGUCAAGACACUCCGCUCAGAGGCCAGAGGUCACCGAAAGGUCAUCCGACUUCUUAAGGAGCAGCUGCAGCAGAACUUAGUAUCGGAUACCGGAAGUCGAUUAGACCCAGAGGCGAUCGUCAGCAUGGCUAGUGAGAUGAAAAGACAGCUAGAAGAAAGUGAUGAUUCACAGAGGCACGAUCACACACUGCAGAAAGAAAACAAGCAAAGAGAAAGGAAAGAAAUGGAAGAAAAAGAACAAAAAAGAAAACAGGGCCUAAACACUAAACCCAGCAAGAGUCAGAAACAGCAUAUGGCCAGACAUACAGCGUAUGUGAAAUCCCGUCUCCCGGUACUAGUGAGGCCUAGUAGGAGUUCUGGGCAGAGUUCUGAGGAUCUUAGUGAGGUGAUUUCACACCACAUUCACCCCAGAAAUAGAGACCUGACUGGGGCGGAAGAGUCCGACUACAGCACCGACAGCAAGACGUCUUUGAGGUCAGCUCAGCAGGAACAUCUGGAAUUAGACCAUGUUAAAGACUCCAGGCUGAGUCCAACAAUUAGAACUAAACAGAACACUGACAUCGGACAGAAUACAGACCAGAAUCUAGAAUCUGAGCUCAUGGCGCAGUUAGAGCUGCUGAAUCAAGAAUGCCAGGAGAAAGAAGACCUUAUCUCUCGCCUACAGCAACAAGUCCGGGAGUGGGAGGAGCUUCAGGUUGAUCUACAAGAGAAAGACAGGCUCAACCGAGAAUACCUGGAGGCCCUGCAAGCGGCAGAGUCCACCAUUGCAUACCUCACUGCAUGCAGCCUGGACUCUGAGUGUGGUUUGGGUCAAACAGUAGAUGUAUCAUUGCAGCAACGGUGUGCAGAACUUCAGAAAGUUGUUGAGGAGAAAGACCGACUCAUCGCACAGAUCUUAGAGUGUUUGAACAAGGCAGAGUCUGCCAUUGCAUCGCUCCGAGAUGUGGACGCAACGAGUAGCCACGCAGACCGAGCCCAUGGGGAGGUUGACCCACAUGUUCUCUGUGAGAGGCUUGAGGAGCUGAUUAGACAGGUAAGAACCUCUCAGCAGUGUGAGGACAGUGUAAGCCCAGGUAAUUCUGACCUGCAACGGCAGAUGGAAUCACUGCAGCAGUCACUGUUGCAGCAGUGCAGACUGAAUGCAGAGCUGCAGGCGAAGCUCUGGACUGCAGAAGCGGCUGUUAAAAAGUUGAGCGUAACUGUCAAUGCCAAGCAAAACAGUGCCCCCACAGGUCUGGAGGAGAAACACACUACCCCAGACCCUCAGGAAGGAAAGGUUCAAUCAUGGCAACAGCAGCAAUUGACUGAUUGUCUAUCUGAGUGCAUUAGAGCUGCUGAAGGGGCGGUCCAGUCUCUUGCUGAUAUUUGCUCAACUCAAAACAAAUCUCAGAAGAACUCGUCUAGUUCAGAGUUACAACAAUGGCUUGACAAGCUACAGCACGCUCUGCACAAGAGAGAGUCUCUGGAGGACCCAGCCCGUACCGAAAGUCACCAACAAAAGACAAGCACGCCCAUUCAGCAAGGCGAAGAGAACCCAGAAAGUUCUAAACCAUUACAGCAACAAAAUUUCCUGGAAUCCGUGUCCUCACACCAGAAGCUUCAUAAGAACCUUUUGAUGCUUCUUCAAAUCCAUAUUGAGCGUGCUCAGAAAUUGACCAAACUGGAAGAGGGGGUUAAAGAUGAUAUCAAUGAGCGUGGCGAAAGUGGAGGAGGUGGAGAUAUGCCUCAAAAUGAAUUUCUGCAGAAGGAUGCCCACAUUGAGAAAUUGGAGAAGGCCCUGAAGGACAGACAGAGAGCAUGUUGGAAAUUAGAGGAGAAACUGGCGAUAGCUCAAUCUGUCAUUGCUGUGCACAGCUCAAGCAAGGACAAACAAUCUGAUCUGCGCAAAGCUCCCCCUGGUGAACUGGAUGAUAAAGGUGUGCAGGUGGAGGCGCAUGACCUCGGGUAUGAAACGAGUGGAAGAAGUGAGACGGAGAGAGAGGAGGGCAGUAGCACAGAUGUAGACGGUGUUUUGCGGUUGGUUCCUGGUCUGUCUCCUGUCCUCCAGGGGAAUCAGGACAGAUUCUCUCCUGACACUACAGCAUACAGCCCCUCGUAUCCCAGCUCUCCAGGCCUGAGCUCCCCUCGACCCUGCGACCCUAGCAUUGACCCUAACGCUGACCCCGCCUUGCUCCGCCAGCACCUCCAGCAGCUCAAAUCACAGGUUGAAGGACAGCACAGAAUUAUCCAGCACCUCCAGCAACAACUGCGGAAAAAGUCUUUGUCAUCUGAGUGCCUAAGUGUGACCUCUGACCGUGGAGGAGGUGAGGAAGGAGAGAAUAUGAAGCUGAUGAAGGCUCAAUUCGCCCAGCUGAGCGCAGAGCUGGAGAAAGAGAGAACCAUGAACAGUAACAGCCAAUCAGGCUCUCCAUCCAGAAUUGAGUCUCUAGUCCAGUCUCAGGCCCGUGAGUUGUGUGAGCUGCGGGAACAGAUCCGUGUGUCUCGUGGUUUGGGCGUCAAACAACGUAAACAGCUGCUGGAACUCCGAGGGGCUCUGGAGGAGUUGCUUCAGCCCAGCGAGAUGCACUCUGUUCAGGGCACCCAACUCAAAGUGCAGCUGGACCACAGCCUGAGCCUACUGGAGAAACUAGAGCAAGUUUCAUCAGGAGGUGCUUGCAUGGAUAGUGAGGAGGAGAUGGCAUCAGAGAUGACACUCAGACUGUCUGCAGAACUGCAGGAGAAAGACCAGCUCAUUCAGUGCUUGCAAGAUCAACUGCGAAAGCAAGUUCCCAGAAUGCAGCAGUGCUCAGACUCUGAGAUGAGUGACAGGCUGUCCAGUGAUGGCACCUCCUCCUUCAACGGCAGCCCCCGUGCUGUCUACAGACAGACCCCCAGCAGAGUUCACACAGGGCUGACAGCGACCAAUGGCACUGCGUCUCCAGAGCUAAAACUGGGGCUGGGACCCAAGGGCGUGGCUGUUGAAGUGGGCAUGUCUGAUGGUGGUGAGGGGAGUGCUCAAAUGUUGCAGCGUGAAAACGGGCGGCUACAGGAGAAGCUGAGGAGCAGCGAGGAGCUGAACGCUACACUCCGUGGUGAACUGGACCUCACCCGCUCCAUCCUCAAACACAACACUCCAUCCAAAUCCUCACAGAACCAGACCACAGACAAACAACCAGAGCAGCAGAACACCUCAGCCAGCACAAGUAUCAGCUCAGAUCUGUUGGCAGAACACUUGCUGGAGAUCCGAGCGUUGCGUCAGCGUCUUGAAGAGACGAUCAGAACCAACGAGAGACUCCGAGAACAAUUAGAGAGAAAAUUACAGGAAGCUGAGAAAGACCCAGCAGCCACCAACAUCUUCAUUGCUGGUUCUGAGGAUCAGGGUCACAUCAGCAGUGAACUUCACUUCUUGUUGGCACAGAACCAUACACUCAAAGAGCAGCUAAACCAGGGAGCACGAGAUAAGCAGAAAGAGAAUGACCGGCUGAGAGAGACUCUGGCUAGAAGAACAGCUAAACUGGAGCUGAGCAGAAAAGAGUGUGAAACGCUGAAACAAGAGCGAACGCAGCUACAGGACAACCUGUACAGAUUGCAGUGUGAGAACUCUCAUCAGAGGCAGCAGUUGUCAGACACUCAGCAGCUUCUGCAGUCUGUACGUGUGGAACUACAAGUACAGGAACACAUCAAGAACUCCACGCACACAGGAGAGGGCCGUGCUUCCGGAUCUGGUUCUGCAGUGGAUCUGAGUGAGUUAUUGGCUGAGAUCAGACAGCUGCGUGUGCAGUUAGAGAGAAGCAUUCAGACCAACACAACACUGAGACAGAGACUAGAACAACAACUACUGACCCGCACAGACCCCAAAUCAACCAUCAACAUCAACUACCUGCUGUCUAACACAGAUGAGGUUGGUAAAUUAGAUGCUCUUCACUCACAGACAGACCCGACUAGUGCUGUACAUGAUGGUGGUAGUUCGGCAGAUAGUGGGUCCCAGGCUCCGUCCCGGCUGGUACCGGGUCAUCGGCUCUGGGCGGACCGGCGCGGCCGUCAUGUUCUGGGUUUGAUAGAAGAUUAUAACGCCCUGCGCAAACAGAUCGGUGAAGCCAAAAGACUCAAUGCGGACAUGGACACACACUUACAGGACUGCAGCAGGGCUGUAGAUCAGUUCCAGCUGAAGCAGUUUUCCAGCAGUGUGAACACUAUGCAGCAGAUUCUGGAGGAGGCCUCACGACUUCUCAAACUGCUCUGGAGAGUCUCACUACCCUCAGGAGAUGGCACACACUUUCAACAGGAUGAGCUGCUGAAGAGUGAGAUCUCUCGUCUGAAGAGUCGUCUGUCACAGCAGGAGAGAAUGCUGACCGGAGCUGUCAAACGCCUGAGAUCCACCAAUCAGCUGAAAGAGGGCAUGGAGCGCGUCAUCAUAGACCAGCUGUCUCUGACUCACGGUGUGCUGAAGAGAGCCAGAGGAAACCUGGAGUCUAACUAUCUGAACAUUUUUGGUCUGAAGGUUCUGCCGGUGGAAGGACGUCCCACUGCUUGGCCAGUGAUCAAUGAGCCAACGGCUGCUCUGUCCAGGGGUGUGACUAGUCCACAGCAAAAUUCUGUAUUUAGUGAAGAACACAGUGAGAAUGACUCACACUUCAGCUGCUAGUGAUAUCCCCGAUUUGUCUUCUAAUUUAUUUUUCUCCUUGUAAGGUACGCUGAUGCAAUAUAGUACAAAUAAGUAACUUUUAACAUAGCUGUAAAAGGGAAUUGUUUUAAUACUUGCUAAAGAUUUUCUCCUGUAAAUAUUUAGAACUCAAGUUUAUACCGUUUUAAACGGCUGUAUUACCCUGUCUAAAAUGUAAUGUUUUGAUGCAAUUGAGUGGUACAUUAAAAGCUCUCAUGGGUAAAUACA